AUGGAACCUUCAACUUUGAUUCAGAGAAAUUAUGGCAAAAAUAUAGUUAAGCAAAAUACACGAGAUACUCUUAAAGAAGACAACUAUGAUGAGAAGAGUGAAACCGCAACUCAGAACUCGAAUUAUAGCCCCAUACAGAAGGGAAUUAAGCCUUCUCUUGUCUCUGAAUGGAUACAUUUGGCAUUUAAUACAUUUUUUAUGGUGAUUCUCGUAUUUUUUUUGGGUAAAUUAGUCUUUCUGAUAAAAAAAGACGUUGAUAAUAAGCUACUACAAGUGCUAGAUCAACAAAAGGAUUAUUUUGAAAAUUGUAAAGAAAAUUAUAAUCUCAAUGAUUGCGGCUCGAAUAAUGUUGUUCCAGCCCUUCAAUCAGUAUGUAUGGACUGGGCUAGAUGUAUAGCUAAAUCUAACUCUCCAGAUUAUAAUCACCGUCAUUUAUCAAGUAAACUUUGGGCUGAAACUGUUGCUGAAAUGAUAAAUGCAUUUGUGGACCCAAUUAGUAUAAGAUCACUAAUAUUCAUAUUGAUGACCGUUGGUACCAUUAUCACAGUAUCAAAUUUGGCAUUUGGUUCAUAUAGAGUAUACUACUACAAUUCAAAAGCAUAG